GGAUGGAGUUGUGACGGUCGUAAAUUAGCGUCUGGAUCUACAGAUAAGACUGUCAGCGUUUUUUCUCUUGACAAACAUAAUUUGGUGAGCUUCACACGUUAGUCUUGUGGAGAAUUUUGCUUUUCUGUCUUGAAUUCUUUUCUAUUGUCUCCAGUCUCGGAUAUUUAACUACAAAGUUUUGGCGUCUGAAGACAAGACAGUUCGAGUGUGGGACUCGAGAAGUGAAUCACUAAGUUUGUGUUGAUGAAGGAAUUGUGGGCUAAGUGAACGUCUGGUUGCAGCCCCAAAGUGUGCACAGUGUAUCAUCACAAAAGGUGAUAACAUCAACAUCUGUUGGAGUCCAGACAGCAAUACUAUUGCAGUGGGAAAUAAGGAAGACUUGAUUACCUGGAUUGAUAGAGUGAUACGAGAACAUACAAGAUGUGAGCCGAGAUGCAAUUUAGCUAUGAGUGUGUAAAUGAACGGACACGACAGCAAGCAGACAAUAGGUGGCAACAUUGCUGAUAUGAGUGGACAAGCAACUUGUAGUGUUAGUCGUCUUGUCAUUUUGUAUGCAACUGUCACUAUCGCAGUCUGUUGAUGUGGCCUGCAUUGCAAGCAAGGGAGAACCGGGUGUUCCCGGAGUGCCUGGUCCUCCAGGAAGACAGGGACCAGUAGGAAAGGAAGGAGCACCAGGAAUUGCAGGCGGCACCGGCUUGAAGGGUGAGGUAGGAGCUGAAGGUGCAGUCGGUCCACCAGGCAAACAAGGAGUGGAAGGUGUGAUUGGUCCAGCAGGUCCACCCGGACCUCAAGGCCCUCCAGGGAAAAGUGGAAUGAUGGGUCCACCAGGACCGAGAGGUCCUCCGGGGCAGACAGGAGGACGUGGAGAGAAGGGAGAAAGAGGAGUGAUUGGUCCAAGAGGAUUGGCUGGAUUAGAUGGCAUUCCAGGUGCUGCAGGUCCCAUCGGAGCCGUAGGCUCACGUGGACCAUUAGGAGUGAAGGGUGAUCGUGGAUUACCUGGAGGAAAAGGAGAAGCCGGACCACAAGGUCGUCCCGGUCCAGAGAUGAGUGAAGAUGUGUUGAAAGUGUAUUUUUCUCCAGUCAAGGGACUGGCAGAGAGGAUGAAACAACUGGAGGAUUGGAAAGAAGAGUGGACAAAGAAUGAGAGUAGAAUGAAUGAGAGUAGAAUGAAUGAGAGUAGAGCGACUGUUGCAGCACAUCUUGUAGGAUCAUCAGCCAGUUGGUAUGAUAUAUCAGGUGUGAUAACCUACUGGCAAACAAACAGUCCAUCAUUCUUACUGGGUGGCAUCACAUACGGCACUGGAGCUCUUACUAUUCCAUCUGAUGGUGUUUACUAUAUUUAUACACAUCUCUACUUAGACGAGCGUAGUGGCUAUUAUAUUCAACCUUACAUCAGAGUAAAUGGCAAUCGUGUUUUGCGCAUCCAAAGUUACCAUGCUCAUAGUGAAGAGAAAACCAAGCAUGCUGGUCUACUUCAGCAGCUGAGAAAAGCUGAUGUCAUUGACAUACAUGGUGGAGGGUCUUAUCACUACAUGGGCUCUACUUAUUCAGUUUUCGGUAUUUUUAAGAUCUACUAGAAGUAUGUUGUUGACAAUGAGGAUCCUAAGUACUAGGUGUGAGUCAAAUGACUCUAAGUUAAAAUUAUAAGUGGUUAUAGUCGUGACUAUAUGUUGGACUGUAGUGUGAUCAUUCAACCCUAAUUUGUGUUUUGUAGUUUCGUUUCUGUUUAGUUCCAUUUCAUUCUAAUAGCAAUAAAUGUUCAUCUCUUU